GCUUUAGCUGGCACCGAGUCUUUUUCAAGUAGCUGCAUUGGGUGAAUUACUGUAUUCAGACUGUACUUCAACCCAAAUAAAAAAGGCUUCAUUGACUUCUUCAGGCUGGUAGUCAUGAACAAAGCAUAUAAUUGGCUGUUCCUCAUCUUACUGCUGGCUGCAAUUGAGAAUAACGAAGGAUGCUACUGCAACCAUUAUCCCUGGACUGCCUGGUCUGGCUGUACAAAAACCUGUAAUUACGGGACUCAGAAUAGAUAUAGGCAAAUUGAAGUGGAUGAUUAUUACCGAAAAAACUUCUGUGCACAAAUUUGCACUACCCAGGAAUCCAGAGCCUGUAACCAGCAGACGUGUCCAAUCAACUGCCGGCUUGGAGACUUUGGUCCCUGGUCAGAAUGUGAUCCAUGUGUUAAAAAACAAUUUCGUACCAGAUCCUUUACCCAACUAGCUCAGUUUAAAGGUCAGCCAUGUAAUGAACCUUUGGUGGAGUCACGACCGUGUUUUCCCACAAAACUUUGCAACAUGGAGGAAACUAACUGUGGCAACAAAUUCCAUUGCGAAAAUGGUCGCUGCAUUAGCCAGAAGUUAAAGUGCAAUGGAGAAAAUGAUUGUGAGGAUAAUUCAGAUGAAAGGAACUGUCCACGUGUGCGACCCGUGUGUGCUAGAAAACAUGAGAGCAUUCCUGGUGUGGGCCUAAUGGGCCACGGAUAUCAUAUUCUGGCAGGAAUGCAUCAAGGCGAAGUUCUCCAUAAUUCUUUUAAUGGAGGCACCUGCAGACUUGUGAAGACCAGCGACUUGAGGAAAACAUAUCGGCUUCCUGCAAACUUAGAGUCUGUUUUCUUCCAGGUAGUGAAUGAAGAAGAUGAGGUGGCUUCAGAAUAUUACAAUGAUUUAAUUCCCUUUGAAAGCCAUACUUCUCAGAGUAGUUCUUUCUCUGGCUCUGGCCGAAGCCGAUCUGGAAUCCCAUUCCUGUUCUCCAAGAAGACAAAAGUUCACAUCACAUCCUCUUCCUCCUUCAAGGAAGCAAUAAAAGCUUCAAAGAGAAAGGAGUCCAACUUUAUUAGGAUCCAUAAAGUGAUAGCGGUAUCCAACUUCACAAUGAAGGAAUCAGACUUGCAGCCGUCGAAGGUGUUCUUAGAGGCGCUUAAUAGCUUGCCCCUGGAGUACAACUAUCCCCUUUACAGCCAGAUAUUUGAUGAUUUCGGCACACAUUACUAUUCCUCUGGGUCACUGGGAGGCAUAUAUGACCUCCUUUAUCAGUACAGCGCUGAAGAGCUGAGAAAUUCAGGUUUAACACAGGCAGAAUCGCAAGAGUGCAUCCGGACAGAAACGACCAGGCGUAUCUUUGGUUUUAAAAGGAGGAAAGUGAGAACAAGCUGUACAAGCAACAGAAUGUCUGCUCGUCAUGAAGGUUCAUUUCUGCAAUCCUCAGAGAAGUCCGUAUCCUUCAUCAAAGGUGGAAGAUCCCAGUUUGCUGCAGCUCUUGCUUGGGAAAGGAAAGGAGCUUUUCCUGAGCACACUGUCUUUACCAAUUGGCUGGAAUCAAUGAAGGACAAUCCAACUGUGAUCGACUUUGAGCUGAUUUCCAUUCUGGAGCUGGUGAAGAACAUCCCCUGUGCAGCAACCAAGCGUAGCAAUCUUAGGAAAGCUCUUUCUGAGUAUGCAGCACAGUUUGACCCGUGCCAAUGUGCUCCAUGCCCCAACAAUGGCAAGGCAGUGCUGUCUGGAACAGAGUGUUUAUGUGUGUGCCGGGCUGGGACUUACGGUGAUAACUGUGAAAUACGGGCACCAGAUUAUCAUUCAGUUGCGGUUGAUGGUAAUUGGAAUUGCUGGGGUUCAUGGAGUCCCUGUGAUGGUUCCCAUAAGAGACAGAGAAGCCGCACCUGUAACAAUCCUUUCCCUCAAAAUGGAGGGAAGCCAUGUGAAGGUGAACAAGCGGAAGAAGAAGCAUGCUAUUUUUCCAUAUUUGUUGACAGGGGAGCUAUAUGUGUAAAUGAUGAUGAAGCAACAAGGGAGGGUAACAUUGCAGUUGAGAGACCUGAAUCCGGAUGUCUCAAACCAAAUCCACCAGAACAUGGAUUUAUCAGGAAUGAGAAGAACCAUUAUGACGUUGGGGAAAAUGCUGAAAUUGUGUGCUUCAGUGGAUACACUCUUACUGGAUAUCCGUUCUUUCACUGCCAGCCUGAUCAAACUUGGUUGCAACGUCCUGUCGAAUGCCAAUUAUCUGCAUGUCGCAGACCGGCAGUCUCAGAUGUUGUAUCUAUUUUCCCUUUUAAAAGUGAAUAUGACAUUGGGGAAACAAUCCGCCUAAGUUGUGCACCAACCUUUAGGUUAACUGGCCAUUCUGAGUACACCUGUGUAAGUGGUCCCGCCUGGCGUCCUUCUGUAGUGAGACUGCUUACCUGUGAGAAAGAUGAUUCUCUACAUUCUCAAAGCAAUUGCAAACCAGGUGAAAAGCAAGUUGACUCCCAAUGUGUGUGUAUGAACCCUAGAGAAGACUGCAGACACUAUUCUGAAGAUGUCUGUGUCCUGGAUGCCACUUCUGAAGAAGCACUUACAAAGCCUAGCUGCCCAUAUUUGGCUGAAAAAUGCCUGGAUCAGCAUUCCUUCCAUUUCUUGCAUUCUGGCCGCUGCCGGAGUGGGACCGAUGUUAGUUGGGCUAAGGAAAGGCUCAAAAUUGCCACGGACAGCAUAAAGAGAGAACCUUGUGGCUAUGAUACAUGUUACGACUGGGAGCAGUGCUCAGAGUCACAUGGUAAAUGUGUCUGCUUGCUGCCUAACCAGUGCCCGCGUGGUGGGGAGCCCAUUUCCUGUGUCCAAAUAAAGACAAGAAAGAUAACAGCAAACCUUUGCAUGCUGGGAGCAUUGAAGUGCUCCAAUACGGACAUUGUAAUUUUACAGGAAGGGACCUGUCCAAACUAAAAGAUGUUAGUUUUUCAUUCCUGGACAUCAAUAGCAUGAAUGGCUGUUUUUUUUUUGUUUGUUUUUUUUUUUGCAUUGGCCUUCCCAAAUUGCUUUAAUUCCAGCAUCCGAGCAUCUCAUUCCAGCCUCUCUUAUUCAUGUCAUCACCACACAUCUGAAGUUCACGACAAUUCCUCUUUUCUCCAACUGACUAACUGAGCAUGGAUGAAGUGCACUGCAUACAAAAAGUUAGUUGAGCUUUGAUUCCACUGUCACAACCUUCUUGGCUCCUUUCAUGGGAUGAAAUUCAGUUUCGAAUCGCAAAUGCCAGGAAUAAGUGUCCAGUGUCCAUUCCAGAGGUGGGUUUCAGCAGGUUCUGACCAGUUCUGGAGAACCGGUGGUGGAAAUUUUGAGUAGUUCGGAGAACUGGUAGUAAAAAUUCUGCCUGGCCCCACCCCCAUCUAUUCUCUGCCUCCCAAGUCCCAUCUGAUCGGGAGGAAAUGGGGAUUUUGCAGUAACCUUCCCCUGGAUUGGGGAGGGAAUGGAGAUUUUACAGUAUCCUUCCCCUGCCAUGCCCACCAAGCCAUGUCACGCCCACCAAGCCACACCCACAGAACCGUUAGUAAAAAAAUUUGAAACCCAACACUGGUCCAUUCCAAUAAUAUGAGCUCUCUAAAAUGAACCCUAAAUAGCAGCUGUUCCUUCAACAUGGCCGCUGCUGCUUCUCUCCAUUCUGACAAGCAUUUUUGCACUGCUUUAAAAGUCCUCCUCACUUCUUGUGCCAGCCAGCAAUUCCAAUGCAUUAAAAAAAAAAAAAAGCAACAGGCAUUUUUCUCUGCUUCCUUCCUGGUUUUGCCAUCAGCCCACCUGUUCUGUGGCCAGAAAGCCAAACAGAUCAAAAACAGUUCUCUUAGAUCAGCUACAGUGCGACAGUGGCAUAUGGAUGUCAUUUGCAUUCCAACAAAUUCAAUCCUUUCUAUCUACCACUUUCAUUUUAAGCAGAGGUGGAAAGCCUUGACAAGCCAACAACCACUGAUCUAAAAUAGAUUUCCCAACUAUAUGUCUUCCAGAUGUAUAGAUAAAGCAAAUCCCAGAAUUCCUUACCAACUCCAAUAUCAGUACAGAUAAUAUUAAGCUAGGUAGUCCAAUGCCGUGGCUGCUAAUUUAUCUUCCUUACCAAGAUACUUCUUGAUUGAAUACUAUUAAGUUGUUAACUAGAAUUAUUAUUAGUUGUAGUACUGAUAUACCUGCAAACUGCAAACUUUCUCUGGCUUGAAUUAUCCUAAUGUCUAAUUUGAGGGAAGUCCUUAAAUAUCAUGUUGGGAAAUAAUAUUUUAAUGAGACACAAAUCUACUCUGAAAUCACUGAGCUCAAUGAAACUUAUUCUCUGCUAAGCACAUACACAAUUGCAACCAAACUGUUUUCAAAAAAAGAUUAUUAACAGUUGUUAUUUAACUCCUAUACAAUGCACAGGACAAUCUGUAGACUUUAUUCUGAACAAAAAUAAAUUAUCGGCUCUAUAAUAACUGCUCAGCAUUAAUUCACUGUAACCUUGGAACUGGCUUGGCUUAAAUUUCCCAACUUUCUAUUCUGUUAACACUUAACCAAUACAAAUAAAUGGCUGCUGAAAACAGCCAAUCUCU